CACAGUGAUUUGAGUGACUUGUGGACCCUGGCGAGACUUGUGCGAGCAAAAUGAUGGCCGAAACGGUAGUGACGGUGGAAGGGCAGAACCGCGUCGGCAGUGCGACGCCGGCGGCGGCGGCGGCGACGGGGGCGGCCAAGCCGGAAUCUAAUCUCAACUGGCUAAAGUUCAACACUCAAUACUUUAUCACCAUCCCCGGCAUACUGAAGAUCGUCCAGGUGGUUUUUGGAAUAAUAUGCAUGGCGUGCGCGUCCCCAGCGUUAAUUGGGGGCACCCACUUCUUUCUCUUCGUGGUGGUGACGUCGUUCAUCGCGACCAUCCUUUGGACGUUCGUUUACCUACUCGGCAUCCGCGAGGUACUGAAUCUGGCCAUCAACUGGAUCCUGACGGAGCUCAUCAACACGGGGAUCGCGACGCUGCUCUACUUCAUCGCAUUCAUCGUGCAGUUAGCCUCCUGGGGUCAGCGCUACGGGAGCGGCCGAGGCUCCAACAUAGCGGCCGGGGUAUUCGGCCUGUUCAAUUUUCUCGCAUACAUGGCCGGCACCUACUUCUUGUACGUCGAACAUCGGUCGGCCGGGGUCUAGACACGGACCAACCGGUUGGACCGACUACCGGCGGUGAUGCUUCGGGUGGUCAGGGCGGGCCGCCGACGACAUCCCGGUGCUCACUAGUGUCCUGUCCGAUUCAUCAGUCUCAGAUCAACGGAGACCAGAGGCGAGUUCAACGUGACAACCAACCCCCACCGGACACCGACACCAUACGUGCCACCCCCGUCCGUACGGUAAUCCUGUACCGCACCCGUUCGAACCGACGACCGUUACUACCACAGCAGCUAUCGCAGCACGAGCCGUAGCAGCGUUCCACGAUAACCGACCUACGACAACGCGAAGCGCAAGAUCAGCCAAACCCAAACCCCAAACCCAUGCCACAAGAGCCCCCACAAUAUGCCAUCACACACCAACAUUCACUACCAAAGCAGAAACAGGCAAAGGAAUCACCCCGAAACCCGCCCCAAAAGACCCUUGUCUGCCUCGGUCCCAUCCCCAAGACACUGACUCGUCCGUUUUACUGUAAUCCCAUGACGGGCACUCAGCGCUGUCAUAUCGGGGUUUCCUUUUUAUUUCAGCCUCUCUUUGAACGGAAUUACUCCGAGAGUCCGAGGUCGGACAAGUUGUUUGUUUAGAAUCUGAAACAAUGGAAAAGGAAAUGCCCUAUGCUGUGUGUAUGUGUCGCGCUGUUUUGUUCACUUAACCACACACGCUGUGCGGCGUCACGGUUCUUAGCCGCGUGAGACGCUAACACAACUAUUUAUACUUUCUACUGUGCGUGUAUUAUGUAUUAUGUAUGUAUUGUUUUUUAAAUUGGACUGGUAGCGCCAUAGGGACAGUUUCGAUUGUUACUUCGUUCUUCUUGUGUUUUUUUUUUCUCCUUUUGCUGUUUUGUUUUGCAUUUUGGCGCGCGAUAGAUGGUGAAAGUAGCAACUCCAGUGACAACAAAGACGGUAACACAUUCGACACGUUUGAGAGUAAGAUAAAGAGAAAGAGAAAGAGAGAAAGACAGGGCGAAGCGAAAUAGUGUGCGGUCACAGACGACCCAAUACACAAGAUCGAACAAUAACCGUACAAUCCGACAUGCGGAACCGUUUGCUAGAAAAAAAAAUUAAAUUUAAGAUAACGGAAGGAACGAACGAGCUAGGCUAACUAGUAGAAACACGGUACGGAUACAAUCAAGCAAAACUAUUUAGUAUUUGCUAAUCGUGGAUUCGCGGAAAAAUAUCAGGCCACGGCAGCCACAACCACGCACAAAGGGAGACGCAAAACAGACCGCCGGAACCCGAAGUACAUGCCCCAUCGGAUGCGGGGUUUUCCUGUCUAUGUUCGACGCUUUUCAGUACAGUUUCCGAAUUGUUUUCGACUCUUGUGAAACAAAUUAAGCCUUUCGAUUUCAAAACAUUUCCCACAACGGGAACACUCUUGUUGAGAGUUGUCAGACUCUUCUAAAAUGGUAGCAUCGUGUCUUCUGUUACGUUUGACGAGAGCCCAAGCUAAAUUUAAAUUUAAUUUUAAAUUAAACGAUUACGUGAACGUUUCAAACUAAAUUAAGAAUUCUGAUCGUAAAAGUUUGAGAAAUGUUUGACAAAAGGUCGAAAGUGAACAGAGAAAACCGCGUAAGGAGUGCACCACUAGUAGAGGCAACCACAACCACUUUGGGGAUUGCCUGGGCUUAGCAGUUUGUCCGUCCGGCCAUGUGUCUAUUGGGAGCAGGCUCUUAUGUUUCGCCGCAGGCAACAAUGGAAUGCCGCAUCAGUCCUGCCGCCGUGGUAGUUGGUAUUAGAGAAAAUGGCUUGCAACUGAUCGACAUUUUGUGCUUCUCGAAGAUCAUAACCCCGAAGCACGUUGCGGUUUUUAUCUUCUAAACUUACUAACCGUGUGUUCAUGUGUUUCGCUUGCGUCCCCUAUACUUCGGAUGCAUGCGCAUGUGAUUGUGUGCCUUAACAUGUUUGAAGUUGUGUUGUGGUACCUAGUGUAUUCAUUGUCCUAAAAGAUACGAUUUUUAGGUUGUCACCCUGACGCAUUGCCCCAAAUCAAACAGAACAGAGCGGUCAAACAGAAAUUUAGAAAUAAUCGGACAAUCGGGCGGACCAAGAAUAGGGCUAUUAAUGGUCGGUUCUACUCAAUCGGCAAACCAGCCAGCAGUGCACAGAAAACAGGCUCAAAUAUGCUUGCCUAAGAAAAGAAGUAAAAUAAGACCCCAAAAUCGAGUGUGGAUUUUUUAAAAACAUAAAAACGUACAGGCAGGCAGACCUGAAAUCGGAAAACAAUUGCAAAAAUUGGGCAAUGCGCUUCACAUCCACAAUGUUUACAUCCCUUAUCUUGCUCCCCCUUCAGUUUUCAUUUUCAAUCAGUUGCGUAAUCAGACGCAAACGGAUCAACCGCCCACCACGGGGGUUUACGUGUUAUGUAAAGUUGUUCUUUUUAAUUUAUUUACCAUAUAUCGUACCGUAGGGAGAGAAAGCGGCAGCGAACGAGCGAAAGGCCGUCUUCUUCUGCCGUGUUUGUAGUCCUUUGUUGUAACGCUAUUGUUUCUUUAUGCUCCCGUUUAGUUUCGUCGUCGUGUCUCUGGACGUGUGCAACAGAAAAAAACCAGGGAACACGGUCUAGGUAUCACGAAUUUUUACAACGCAUAUACACCUUAAUGGAUAACGGAAUGCAAUAUAUCAAU